AUUGGGUGCAACGAUCAAACUGCAUUUCCGGUGCGACCCGAGAGAGACAUCACUGGUGUUAUUAUAGAUCAUCAGCUCUGCAUAUUGUUUUGUGCUCCUUCACAUCAUGUCGGCAGCCGCUCUGUUCCUGUUGGUCGUCGCGGUGUCCGUGUGGCCCGGUGAGUCCAGGUUCAUCAUAGACCCUUUGUCAGUCUUCAGACACAAAUCUCUGACUGUGGACAUGUGUUCCGAGUGCAACCAGAUCGUCCGCCUGUCCACCAACAUGAUCUCCAGCAGAGACACGAAGGAGACCGUCUAUGAAACCUUGCAUGCUCUGUGCCAGCGCCUCCCCAAAGACCAGAGCGUCUCAGAUUGCGACUCACAGGUGAAGAUGCAUUUGCCGAAGCUCCUGCAGCAGAGCCCUGGUCACCUGAAGCCAGGAGAGACGUGUGUGGAGUUCGGACUCUGUGCUUCCAACAAGAAGGAGGAACUGCAGAAACUUCCCCAAGAUUCUGCCAACAAGGACGUAUCCACAUCUGAACUCAGCACAGCCACUGGCGACCAUGAGGUGUCCGGCCCAGUCUGCGCCCUGUGUUUGUUCAUCAUGAAGAAACUGGAGACCCUGUUGCCCACAAACAUGACUGAGGACGCUUUGAUGAAGCUCAUGGAAGAGAUCUGCGAUCUUGUACCGGAGAGCUACAAAGAGCGAUGUGAUGACUUUGUCUCCAAAUACGGCGAGCAGAUAGUCGAAUUCCUCUUAUCGUCCGCUGCCCCUCACACUGUAUGCACUCUCCUGCACCUCUGUUUGUUCGAGGACCAAACAGUUCCAGAGGUGUUCCUCCCCUCGGACUGCGAGUCGUGCCGCACGCUGGCUGUGCUGAGCCGACUUCACCUGGGUCCAAACUCUACCGAACCUCAGACCUCCUCUUUCCUCCAGUCUGUGUGUGUCCAUCACCCCAAUGCCAUCCCCAAGUGUGAGGCUUUCACCAAAACAUAUGGCUCCCGUCUGCUGAAGGUUUUGGGGAACCAGAUGGACGGUGCACAUGCUUGUGACAGAGCUGAGCUGUGCGCUGCGCCGAAGAAGGUGGAGCCGCUGGGAAGGAAUCCUUGUACCUGGGGGCCGAGCUACUGGUGCAAAAACAUUCAAACUGCUCAGGAGUGUGGUAACCAGACGUUCUGUAAGAAAUACAUGUGGAAGAAGUGAAGCCACCUGCAGCUCUGAAAACAGAAGCUCUCAACAAACUACUUUCUUUUUACGUACAGACGUAUUAUUGCACUGAAAGAUUUUAUAAAUGUUAUGCUCUUAUCAGCUUGUUUUGUUUUACAUCUCGCAGUCAGUCAGCCAUAAAACAGUGGUUGUUAAAUACUCCGGUUUGCAUGAAGUGUCACAAGACUGAGGCUGGGAUUCAGUCUGAAACAUCAGUUCCUGUAGUCAUUAACAGUUUUGUGAACUAUGAUAGUCGGCACACCGCUUUAUUUAUGUUAUAAUGAACAUGGAAACAUUGUCCCUCAUUGAAAAAGAUGAGCGAUAAGUAUGUAUUAAAGACUAUUUGGACAACUGCUGAACAAAGUUUCAGAGCUGCUUGUAUGUGCUGUUGUCUCGUUGCUGUUCUAUGAUAAUCAUAUACACAUGAAAAAGUAGAUUGAAUUCGAAGGUUUGUCAUUAAAAGUCAACAUACAAACAGA